AUGAGUCGAUAUCGCGGCGAUGCUGCGCAGCAUAGCUAUCAUAGCUCGGCAUGGGAUCCUGCUCCUUACGGAACCACGGAGUACGAUCAGGUCGAAGAGAUGAUCUCGUCGAACCAACCGCAAGCCUACAGUCGCAACUCUGCUGGUGUCGGGGCUAACUCGAACGCCUACCGCCUCCCUGCGCCUGCAACCAACGUCGGUGCCGAUUCUCCUUCCAUGUACACCGAUCCUUACGAAGCCUUCAGCACCGCACCGCCACCCAACCACUCUGCUGCCGCCCGCAGCUCUUACCUCCGGCACGACCCGUACGCCUCUGAAGAUCGUGCGCUCGCCGGUAACACGUUCCUCGACAGAGCCGACACGCUAGCACCCAAUGACAGUAUCAGCAGCUACAACGUUCGUGUUGGCAGAAACACCGAGCCAGAUCGACCGAACAAGUACGCCGACACGCGAGCCGAGGACGCACUCAGGGCCCAGCACAUGCAGCGCAACUCGGUCGUCUACCAAGAUCAUCACGAGGACCCGAGCAGCUACUACAACCAGCCUCAUAUGGAUCACAGCUAUGGCCAUGGACAAUACGACACGAGCGGUGUUGAUCUACCUCUCAAGAGCAACGCUGGACCCAUGGGCUACGCAGAGGACGAAGAUGAUGAGGCCAAGCAGAUCAAGCGUGGAUCUGCUGCUCUCUGGUCUAACCAGAUGGACGGCGCACAUCCGACAGUCGGGGACGAAGAAGCGAAGAGCGGCUUGCUUGGCAAGCUUUCUGAUUCCGCAAGCCGUCGUCUCGAAGGCGAAGACAAGCUGCGUGACCAGAUCGAGCGACGCAGACAGGGGAUCGGACGCCAGCGAUGGCCAUACGUCUCAUGGGUGGUUGCCGUCGCCCUCGUCGUCGUCUUUAUCGUGGAACUCAUCAAGGCCAACUCAGAGACGGGUCAGGCGGUGCAGACGCGACCGAGCAUCAAUCCCAUGUUGGGCCCUUCGGCAGAGUUCAUGAUCUCGUUUGGUGCCCGCUUCGUGCCUUGCAUGCGCAAAGUGCCCGCGCUUCCCACCUCCGAGCAGCUUCCUUGCCUCAAGGACUCCACUUCGAGCUCCAACCUCUACUCUGCCGACCAGCUGUGCCCCAUCUCGCAAAUCUGCGGUCUCAAAGACGCCAACAACCCCAACCAGAGCUAUCGAUUUGUCACAGCCAUCUUUGUCCACGCCGGCUUCGUCCACAUCUUUUUCAACCUGCUCGUGCAGCUCACGCUGUGUGCGCAGAUCGAGAAGCUCAUCGGCUCGAUCGCCUACUUCAUCGUCUACUUUGCAGGGGGUAUCGGCGGCAAUUUGCUCGGCGGGAACUUUGGGCUGAUCGGACAGCCUGCGCUCGGCGCGUCCGGAGCCAUCUACACGUGUAUCAGCAUCGAACUCGUCGAUCUGUGCUACAAUUGGAAGUACGAGUAUCGUGCCAAGAUGCGACUGGCCAUGUCGAUCGGGUUCGCCAUCAUCGGUCUUGCACUCGGUCUGCUGCCUGGUUUGGAUAACUUUGCUCACAUCGGUGGGUUCUGCGUUGGCUUGUUGGGAGGUUUGCUCUUUGCACCUUCGAUCCACGCGAGUAAGCAGCAUAGAGUGGUGACGUGGGUGUUGAGGGUCGUAGCGUUCGGUUUGUUGAUUGGGUUCUUCGCCGGACUGGCAAGCAACUUUUACAACUCGCCGGAUCCGACAAAGGCGUGUACUUGGUGUAGGUAUCUGAGCUGUCUACCUGUGUUCAACUCGUGCAAGGGGAAUGGGUUGACUACUUCGAGUACCACGACGAGCGGUGGUGGAUCCUGA